GGAGCGAGCACUUUCUCCACAGCUGCGGAGAAAAUCCUCCUCAGUGCGGCUCCCUGGGAUAAAUAAAUGUAAUGCAGAUCAGAGGUGUACUUUGUGUCUGUGUGGGGAGGGGGGGGGAUCUGCGACAUAACACGUUUGGGAGCCCAUGGCACGGUCUCGAGCGCUGUCCGCCUCCAACAUUAACCUGGCUAUUUCGAGAAACUUCCAGCCCACUUUUCCACGUCACUUCAAGGAAUCUUUAAAGCGUCCGUCGCCCGUAUAACAUGUUUCAGUACUCGACAUCCAGCAACAUGAACGGCAUGAAGACGCAGUCACCGACACCGAUAUCGACAACGGCCACCAACGACCACGACCCUCUUCCCCUCGGCUGGGAGGUCAAAAUUGACCCUCAGACCGGAUGGCCCUUCUUCGUGGAUCACAACAACCGCACGACAACCUGGAAUGACCCGCGACACGACGCGAAAAAGGUCAGAGAAUUGUCAGCAAAUGGACCCAACAUACCACCAGAACCAAGCCCUCAGGAGCUACAGAAAACCUUUGUGAGAGAGAUGAAGCACCCCAUUCUGCGCCCCGGAUACGUUCCUAUCCCUGUCUUCCAUGAGGGCGCAGAACUGAGGCAGCAACAGCAUCCGUGUUAUUCCUACAUCCAGCCAAACACUGCACAGAAUAUCCGGUCGGACGGCAGGACACCUUCCCCGACGCCGGGGCUCCACUGCAGGCCCAGAUCCCCUUUACAUGGACCUUCAGAUAGCUGCUCCGUGGAGCCUGGAAUGGCCAGCUCACCUGUUUCACAAACAGCAGAGGUUUACACUGCUCCUCAUCACCAACCCCCGCGGCCCAGCAGCACUGGUCUUCAAGCAGGUUACAUCCCCAUCCCGGUGAUCCAUGAGGGUGGAGGAGGCCAAACACAAUCGCAGGCUCAGCUGAAUCCCUCCGUCUACGCUCAGCGCAUCCCCUACUCGGAGCACCAGCAGCCCUUCUAUCGCCUUCAGACCGACGAAUGGCCUGGCUACUCUGCGGCGAUGCAGCCUCCCCGGGAAAGAGCCUCUCCGGUACUGAUUCCCCAGCAUCGCGAUGCUACUUCUAUUCACCUCCAGCCUCAUAUUAGAAGCCAGUCACCUAUUGUAACGCAGGUGCUGGGAGAAAGACCACAGGCUCAGCAGCAUGUCCUCACGAGAGACCCGCCCCAGAAAAUGGAGCAGGAACAACAAGGCACUCAGCAGAAACCCGAGAACACGCAGCUCCCCCAGCCGUUGCCCACGGAAGCUGACGUCCAAAAACCUCAACAACCUCACCAGUUCCAACAGCCUCCGCCUCAGCAACCACAACAGUUCCAACAGCCUCCGCCUCAGCAACCACAACAGUUUCAGCAACCACAACAGUUUCAGCAACCACAACAGUUCCAACAGCCUCCGCCUCAGCAACCACAACAGUUUCAGCAACCUCAACAGUUUCAGCAACCUCAACAGCUUCAGCAACCUCAACAGUUUCAGCAGCCACAACAGUUUCAGCAACCUCAACAGUUUCAGCACGCACCACCUCAGACGUCUCCACAGCCUCAGCAUCCCGAACAGUUGAUGCAGUCGCAGCAACAGUUCCAGCAGCCCCAGAAACCAGAACCACCACAACAACAUACUGCAGAUAUCACAGUUCAAAUACCUCCAAAACCCGAGGACAUGACAGCUGUUCCCCCAGAGGUCCCACCCGUAAAGGUUGAGGCUGAGCAGGCCGCCCAGAGCCCAGUCCACCCAGGCUUGGCUAAGGUACAGCAGAUAGUCGGACGGGUUGCUAAGCUGGAGCAGGAGGUGAGAGGCUUUGAUGGAAAGAAGAAUGGUAAGAGAUACAUGUUACUGGAGGAGAUGCUGACCAAAGAGCUCCUAGCACUGGACUCGGUCGACCCGGAGGGUCGUGUAGAUGUACGACAGUCGAGACGGGACGGUGUCCGUCGGGUUCAGAACAUCCUGGACGAACUGGAGCAAAUGGAGGAGCAGCCAGCCAGGCCCGCGAGCGAGACGGCGAUGGAGGGAGACAACCUGACACAGAAAGGAGAGCCCAGAAUGAUCACCAAGGAAAAUGUUGAGCUGGCAAAGGAGAUAUCCUAAUGACCUCACACUUCAUAAUCAAGAGGGGAGAAGGAUAACCUGCUUUAUAUUUGAUAGUGAACGAGCCCGACCCGGCGAACUCUCCUCCUCCUCUAUCUACAGAAUUUGUGGAAGUUGCAUGCAUCGAUUAACAGUGUUGGUAUUUACUGCCAUUCAGCACGUACUUGAUGGUAGCUCAGUGCGAUCAUGUUUUUCAAGCCAAUGUUGUUGCCUUCUAUGUUGUGCCAAUGUCUUCAUAAUAAGACAGCUGUCAUGAUCAAGGUGUUGUCAACAAUUUCUAGUCAAAUUGAAGUUUGAAUAAGAGGCCUUUAUUAAAUACAUGGGAAGAAAAGCAGAGGUAUUUUCUUAAGGAACGUUAUGUGUGGUUGCCUUUUGUCUUGAUCAAAUAUUGUAUGGAGCUUCCCUUAAUCCAGUCAAAACAAAUCAGUCGGUACACAAGUGCAAACACUGAGUCUUUUAAUUAAGCAGAACUCACUGCAGAAACUCAGUCAACAGAAAAGCAUGUCCCCCUUUAUAGCCACAUGGCCAUGUUGGAGCUGCUUUGUCACAGAACACAGUGAAUAUGUUUGUUAGAUGCUGCUUUUUGGUGCAUUACUGAUUUUGCCGUCUUUGCACUUUGCCAUCAUUGAAAUGUAUUACGCUGAAACAUCAGCAGCACCUCAUUUGAAAUAUAUAGGUUACACAGGUUUUGAUUGAUGUGUUUGUAUGUGCAUUGGUUUACUUGUUAUUUCAAAAACUAUAUCAGUAUUUAUAUCAUAUAGUAUUUUGGUACAUUUAUGAAUGUGUAAUGACAAGAGAGGUGAGAUGUGUAAUCUUACUUGACAUGUCAGACAAUCAGCACUUGGUUGUCAGAAUGUAUAACUACCACAGCCACAAUCUGUAAUGACGCUAACCCCCAAAAAACGGCCUAAAAGCCUUAAAAAUGCCAACUGUGAGAAGUUGGACAAUUCUUAAUAAAGAGAUGAAGUGCAAGAAAACUUCAAUCUGUCAUUUCAAACGGUUUGAAAUUAUUUUGAAGGUUAUGCUAAUUGUUUGUGUAGUAAUGUGUCACUAUAAUACAACCAUAAGCCAUCUGUGAGG